AUGAAGUACAUGCACGCUCUCUGCUACCACGUUGAGCGCAAGAUCGCCAGUCAGCUCCCCGACAAGUUUGCUCUUGUCCAUGACGGGUGGUCCCACGGGUCAACGCACUACCUUGCCAUUUUUGCCACAUUUCCAUCGAGCGAUCCGAUUGGCUACACGCGGACCGCGGCCAUUGUGAAGAACCCAGAGUUUGAAGACGGUGUUGUCAACGCCCUGCUUGGAAGCGAAGCAUCGCUGACCAGCGUCGAAGCUGAUGCCAUCAAGGCGUUGCGGGAUUCUCAAGCGAGCCAAGGCAGCGAAGAAGGCUUUGCUGUGCUGGUGUUGUCUUUGGCGGAGCGGAGCGUGAGCUGA